GUCAUAUCAUUAUGAGUAACGUCUAAAAUUUGAAACCAUAUCAUAAUCUUCCUAUUUCUUAAUUACCACACCGUUUACCUGUAAAAUAAGAAAGAUUGCGGCACUUACAGAUUAGGUGAUUAACCAUAGGUCCGUUUCUGUUGUUGUUUUGAUCUGACAGUCUGUCACUUUGUGCUCUCAUUACUUUGUAAUCGAAUUUGUGCGGUUUUUUGUAAAGGCAAAAUAUUGUGAAAAGAAAACUGUUACAAAACCAAGGGGACCAGGACACAUUUCUACUUUACAGUUCAAGAUAAAAAUAAUUCAACUUUAAGAUGGCUGCCUAUGGGAGAGGAGAAUUUGAUGGAUUUUCUUCGUAUCAAGCCGGUGCAAGUAGAGGUCCUGAAGGAGGUAGUGAAUUUAACCGAUUAUCAAAUACUGUUGCAAGUAAUAUACAGAAAAUAACACAGAAUGUAUCACAGAUCCAGAGACUUGUUGGUGUUAUUGGAACAGCACAAGACUCUCAAGACUCCAGAGAUAGAGUGCAUCAGCUAACACAUUACACCAAUCAGCUAGCCAAGGAAACAAAUGUAGAUCUGAAGUCAUUUGCAAGAUUGCAUGUAUCACCAUCAGAUCAGUCAAAAUGGAAGAUGCAAAAAGACAGAUAUACAGAAGAAUUCAGUAAUGCAUUAACAAACUUCCAGACCACACAAAGGACUGCUGCAGAGAAGGAGAAAGCAAGUGUAGCCAGAGCAAGGGCACAUUCAUCAACAACAAAGUAUCCUUUUGAAGAUGAACCACAAGAAGAUUUUACAUCACCUGGAUUUUCACAAACAAAACAAGUUUUACAAAUGGAGGAAGAUGUUGAUUUAGAAAUGAUUCAGGAAAGAGAAAAUGCCAUCAAACAGUUAGAGCGUGAUAUUACAGAUGUCAACCACAUCUUUAAAGAUCUUGGUAUGCUGGUCCAUGAACAAGGUGAUAUGUUAGAUAGUAUAGAGGCUAAUGUAGAGACAGCACAAAUACAAGUCCAUGAAGGCAAUAAACAACUGGCUAGUGCCUCAACAUAUCAGAAGAAAAGCAGAAGGAAGAAAUGUAUAAUUAUUGUAAUUCUCCUGGUUGUUUUGAUAUUCCUCAUUCUUAUCAUCUGGGCUGCUACUAAAUCUGACUAGUCUACCAAGGGAAGUAACUACCAAGAGUCUGCACACAACGAUGCCCAUGUCAAAUAGUGAGGAAACAGCUUUGUCAAGAAUUACAUGAACAUUUUGUCAAAAAGAAAUUCCAAUAUAUUACCAAGAAGUGUCAAAAUAUCUGCAGGUUUAAAUGAAAACAAUGUUUGUUUAGCUUAAUUUUCAAAUGGACUGAUUUAGUGUUAUAGAAGAUGUUUAUAUCGUGUCAUUAAUAAUUUAUUAAAUAACAUUUACAUAUAAAAACACUGAAUGUUCCUUUAAAGCAACAAAUUGACACACUUUUAUAUAAAAUUGUAAGAAAAAUGUUAUGGUAUAUAUGCCAUUGACAUUUAAAAUCAGCAUAUGUUGUUCUUGUUUACUUGGUUUAUAAUAAUAUCUUAUCGUGGGAUAUACUUAUCUAUAAAUUGUUCAUGUCUUUUUCAUGAAUGAUAUUUCAUUUACAUAAAUUUAUUGUAAUUAUACCAUAAUCCCUUCUAAUUUUGCAGAGUUGAACACAAAACGUGUAUUACUAUAUGCAUUUACAAAAAUAAAAGAAGCACUGCAUGAGGUAAUUGGAGUUGUGAAUUCGAAGUUUUAAUGUAAUUUAUUCAUUACAUUUUCCACUUGUUUGGAUGAAGUGUUUUAGUACAUGUGUCACAGAAAAUUAACCUUGUACCUUUGAAUAUAGAGUGGGAGUUCCAAAAUUAAUGAGCUUUUUGGGCUAUCCGAAGAUUAUUACCUAUACAAUGUUCGUUACCCCCCUUAGUUUUGGGUUUUUACAGUGCAUUUUAUUCAAUUUAUAACUCACAGUUAUCCAAAUAAGAAAUGAAAUUGAAUUUUUGUCUUUGCAAUACUAUAUAUUUUUUAAACAGGGCAUCCGUGGCUGAGUGGUCUAAAUAGUUCAUCUACAGCGAUUACUAGUCUGUCAAUAAGAGUUUGUGAGUUCUAACCCAUCUCAUAGCAGUUGUGUAGAUCUUAAUUGACUAGGAUUGCCAGUUUUCCUACCCAAGGUUAUGAUUCUCUCUCACCAAAAAGUGACUGCCAUCAUUAACCCAAGCGUGCUGAAACACCAACAAUCAAUCAAUAUUUGAAAUUCUGUUCAAAAAGGGUUUUUUUUUUUAAUUUUUUGUACCACCAUCACUUACUUGUACAAACUAACCCUUGAGGUAAAUUUUUAAAAAAUGUUGUAAAAGUACAACUUCAUCAUUCUCUAUAUAACAAGGUAUGAACAAUGCCACAGAACUCUAUAGAUUAUUUUGUUUUAUUAUUAUUAUUUAUAGAACACACAUUGUUACCAUUAUGAUAUAUUAUUUAAAGACAGAUACCAUAUACAUGCCAAUAAUAUAGAAUGUCAAUAAACUUAUUUUUGUGUGUGAAUGUCAUAUGAAGUUUUGUAUCUGGCAUAUAAUUUCGAUUUUUUUCUUAGAACCAUACGACUAUUUUAUGAUUUUUUGUUCUAGUAAAUACUGACCUACAAAUUAGAGUAACGAUUAGUAGCUAACAGAACAGUAUGAAUAUUCAGCUUGAAAGGUAAAAUUCUCAAAAUUGAGAGAUAAGUCAUGAUUAUGGAGAGAAUACAAUCUCUGUUUGGUAUUUGAUGCAUUUAAACUUUUUAUUUUGUUAAGUGUAUGUCUGUGACAAACUAGAUCCAAAAAUAUAUCUAAUUUGUAAUCAAAAUUCAUAGCUAAAUAAACUCAUUUACAUCAUGUCCCCUUUUUGUAUCAUCAGAAACUAGUCUAUGAUAGCUACUAUGGGCUUGGAGACUAAGUCAUUUCAAUUUUUAUUACCAAAGUCUGUAGUUUAUCAAAGACAAAAACACAAAUCAUACUAAAAGUAAUUAUAUUUAGGUGCCAGCAUUUAAACGAUGAAUAAAAGGAGAUGUUUGGAAUAUGUACUAGCUUUAGUAACCAUUCUAACCAAACUGAAUCAGUAUGUCAGAUUGAUGAUGAUGAUAAUUAUUGGUUUCAAUUAUAGGCAUUUGAAAAAUUAUUAUUCAUGCUACAAUUUUACUACUAGCCUUAGUACAGAUAGUAAUCUAAACCAUCUCUCAUCCUAGAUACAAGUUUUACAGUACCCCUUUAGUCUGUGUCCUUACCUGGUACUUUUUUGUAACUUGAGCUAUAUGAUUUCCUUAACAUUCCUAGUUAUGAAUGAGUAUGAUUGAUGUCUGUAUAUUAAAUGUUAGGUAAUCAUUUGGUUGUUAUUAUGUUUUGUUAUAGACUGUAUAAAAUAAAUGUGAUAUACU